AUGAUUCGCAAUCGCCGUGGUUUGAAGGCCGGGGACGUCGUCUGGGCAGGCGCGUACCCCGGCCUUCUUGUCCGUAAGAAGAACUCGAAUAGAUGGGUCAUCGAGUUCUUCGGCUUCUCGCACCAAGUUGGUUCGGAGAAGACUCAAAAUAUUGUGGCUCUCCACAUUGGAGACUACGUCCCAUGUCCCCAAGGUGAAACUGUUGGCUACUAUGAAAUCGCCAUUCAAGAAGCAAUGGACUUAAUGGAGAUGCUCCAACAAGAUUGGGGAUCAGAAGGGCGCAGAAGCGUCUCACCAAACUUCUUCCAAAAGUUUGGACUCGUCCGCCACGUCGAUGUCGCAAUGGAUCAAACUCUCGAUGUGGACGAAACCAUUGAGGAAGAGUACGAAGUGGGAGUCGUUGAACCAGACGAGAAGUCGGCCCAAAACCAAAUUCUCUUUUCCGUCGUUAUCUUCAUUGUGCAACCGAACCAUGUGCGUUACGAUCCAGGACAUCCAGAUUUAUCCUGCCUGGAUCUUUGCACGAGAUGGAAUUUUGGUUUAAAACGGAACCUGCAAGAUCGCAAAGCUCUACAGCCAGCAGCGCCACAAGGAAUGGCUCGAGGACGAACUAUCAUAGAACGAGCACGAGGUCCACAUCGCCACAAUCCACCUCGAGGAAAUCGACAAAGAGGAGCUCCUCAGCAGGAUGCUCCACGCCAAGAAGCUUCGCAAGCCCGAGGACGAUGCGCUUCUGUUCCUGGACCAACUGAGCGGGUCCUGCGUCCUCGAAACCCUAGAGAGUCUUGUCGGUUCCAGAGCGGUCAGAAUAAAUGUAUCGAGAUAUUUUGUGUUUUGUUGCCCUGGUUAUUCUUGUUUUGGCAGGAUAGAUUAUCUAUUAGGCGAAGUCUUUUUUAUACAGGCGCAGCAGACACCUUAAUUUUUGCUAAUUAUACCAGUUGUUUCUGCAUACUCAAACACCCAUAUUCUAGAAUUUUUAUAUAA